CGCGUUCGGCCGCGUAGUUGCUCGAACCACGUUUCGCCGUCCACCCGUCGGCCGUUUGCCGCGAGCGCCGGCGCGAAAUUUCGUCAACACACGCGCGCGCGAGAACGCGGAACAGACCAACAGUAACCUGAUAGUAACCGUAACCGUAACCGUAACCGUAAUAAUAAUAUUAAUAAUAAUAACAUUGUUGUCGUGUGGGACACUGUCGGCGGUGCGACGGAGCGGUGGCGACGACGACGACCGUUUUGAUUUAUAUCGUUUUGAUUGAGCCCCGGUCGACGGGAAGUCUCGCGUUAAAAUAUAUAUAUAAAUAUAAUAAUAAUAAUAGUAAUAAUAAUAAUAAACGCGUACGCGAAAACAAUUUAUCGACCGCCGUCGUCUUGUACGCAUAUUAGACGGGACGCGACGACAGCGUCGCAGUAGUGUGACACGCGAUAACGCGCACCGUGUAACAUAAUACGUAUUAUUCUUUAGACGAUAAAUUGAAACGCGCGUCGGAGGCGGACGCGGAAUCACUAUGGCGGACAAAAACGACGAUGAUUUAGAAUUGAGUAAAAUGAGCAUCAAGACUUCGGAUAACCCGGAAGUGGAAGACACGGUUUGCGGGAUAUGGUUGUUCAGGCCCAAAUGGCUUCAGAUAUUUGCAAGCAAAAAAGUUUAUGUUAUCAUAUACGGGCUUUUGGGACUCAACCAAUUCAUGUUGUCCUCGUAUUUUAACGGUACACUGACUACUAUGGAGAAGAGAUUUAAAUUCUCUAGUCAAACGAGUGGUAUCAUUUCGAGCACUUGGGAUUUGUUUUCAGUCAUAUCAUUUAUGAUCACGUCUUAUUUGGCUGGUAAAGGUCAUAGGACGCGUUGGCUGGCCAUUGGUUCUUUCUUCGUCGGUCUUUCUUGUUUUGUUCGUCUCAUGCCACACAUUAUUUACGGGCCAGGUGAAGAAAUUCUUCAGUACACUGUCGAAUACGGUAACAAGGAGAAUUCAACUUUUCUGCUUAGUAAUACAUCACAAGGAAACGAAAAAAUCUGUGAUGGUCAACCAUUGAACGAUGAUUGCGAUAACAAAGAGUUCUGGAACGUGGCUGCUAUCCUGUUGUGCUCCGCACAUGCGAUGCUAGGCCUUGGUGGUUCGAUGUACUGGACUUGUGGUGCGGCAUACUUGGACGACAACGCUCGCAAGAAUGUAGUACCCUUGCUUUUAGCGAUCGUCCAGUGUAUACGAAUGUUGGGUCCCAUGUUGGGGUACAUACUGUCGGCAUACACACUUACUUUUUUCAUCGAACCUAAUUUGACGCCUACCAUAACCAACAAAGACCCGAGGUGGAUCGGUGCCUGGUGGAUGGGUUGGACGCCUAUUGGUAUUACUUGCAUAGCUUUUUCGAUGAUGAUGAUUUUUUUUCCGAAAGCGCUUCCGAGGGCAGCGGCUCGCAAGUUAGAACAACCUGAAGUAAAAGUAGAACAAGUUUCAACCGAUUUCAAAACAUCAUUGAAACGGAUUUUGACAAACAAAAUACUGAUUUUUAAUUCGGCAAGCAAUUCAUUCUUUAUGUUGGGCCUGAUUGGAUAUUGGACGUUCAUGCCUAAGUAUAUGGAGACCCAAUUCAGACAGACUGCCGCGAAUUCCAACUUUGCAUCGGGUGCCAUAGGUAUUUUGAGUUCGGGUUUAGGUAUUGUGACGUCUGGCGUGGUCAUAUCGAAAUAUAAACCGUCACCGAGAGCAUUGGCUAUGUGGAAUUUCAUAAUGGAGGCUAUGGAAGUAAUAGGUCAUAUCGCAUACAUAUUUCUCGGGUGCGCGGAGAAAAAUUUGCAUGGACAGUGGAACGCGGACAAAACAUGGAACUUGACGAUGGACUGUAAUGUUGACUGUAAUUGUGGUAAAUCGAUGAGUUAUAAUCCUGUCUGUUCGUUUGACCAAUCAACCACAUUUUACUCGCCGUGCUAUGCGGGAUGUACUAAGGAGACAAUUAUCGACGGAAUUAAGACUUACAGCAACUGCACGUGUAUUGGUGGCUUGGGCACAGCCAUUGCCGGAAUGUGUCCAGUCGACUGCGGUCAUGACUUCAUCAUAUUUCUUGUUUUGAUGGGCAUAAUGCGAUUUUUAUCAUCCACCGGUCGUUCCGGCAACACCAUAAUUCAGUUCAGGUGUGUAAAAAAAGAGGAUAAGUCACUAUCGCUGGGUUUCUCUGAACUGGUAAUGUGUGUAAUUGCAUUCAUGCCUGGUCCUAUAUUGUACGGCACGAUUGUCGACUCUACUUGCAUGGUGUGGGGUGGAGACUGCGGUACCAACGGUAAUUGUUGGUUAUACGACGGCAUUCGGUUGAAGUACUACUUGAACUUAACCGGAGCUAGUUUCCUGAUGAUCGGUACGAUACUGGACAUAGGCGUUUGGUAUCAUGUAAAGGAUCUGAAGAUCUAUGAAGAUGAUGACAACAAAAACACUUGCGAACAAAAAAAAUGACAUAAAGAUUGAUCAAUCCAAAAUAAAAAAAUAAAAAACAUCAAUAUGUA